AUGGAAGAAGCAAAUAUCCCCUUCUUUCAUGUUGAUAUUGCAUCUGAAAUUUUGUCACGAUUGUCUGCAAAGGAUCUUUCUUCAAGCAAGUGUGUCUCUAAAGGAUGGAAUUCGUUUAUUGGUAGUCCUUCAUUUUUGCAGGAAGUUGUUAUCAUGUCUUCGUGCAAUGGGCUUCUCUGUUGCCGGAGUCGCAUCCAUCCUAUUGAUGACAUUUAUAGAAGAGCGAAAAAUAGGGAGGCAAAGGAACUGGUGAUAUACAUUUGCAACCCAAUGACUAAAGAAUGGAUUACAUUGAAGCCAGAAGGGUGUGUUGUUGGUGAUAGCAUUGGAUUAGCUUUCUAUCCAUUUGGUUAUUCAUUGAACACUCGCCCUAUUUUCAAGUUGGUAAGCAUUCAACAAUCAAAAGUGGAUCCACGUUUGUAUUCAUUUGCAGUGUACUCCUCACAGACAGGUUGUUGGACAACUACUAAAGAGGUUUGCCAUAGCAGAUAUCAAAUUUACAAAAACAAUAUAGUUUUCGUUGGCAAGAUGUUCAAUUGGCUAACUCAGAACCACCAUAUUUUGAGUUUUGAUGUUGAAAGAGAGCUUUCUAAGGUGAUUAAGUUACCUGGUGAAGCUUCAAGUUCACUCACUCUUGGAUGUUCAGAAGGAUAUCUUCAUUAUGUGUGUGUGCAUGGUGAAGAUUUUAGUGUGUGGAUGUUGAAAGAUUAUGCCUCAUCUGAGUGGGUGCUGUAUCAGGUAGUGGUGUUGGACAUCGAUUGA